UACGACUUGUUUCUGCGACUUCUGCACUGGCAGUAGCACGUCUGAGCUGAAAAGAGAACUAAAUCAUUCCAAAUUCAUUCCUGCAGUUGCUCGACUGAACACAGUGCAUUUACAGUGAGCACAGAUUUGGCUCCUACCUGACUUUGUCAGCAUUCACUGUGCUGUAACUAAGUAACAAGAACAGUGGCAUUAGAAGACAGAUGAACAGCUUUCUUCAAGGUCAUUAGAGCACCGAGCACCUUUAAGGAGUGCAGAAAUCUGUGAAGAAGGAGUUGGGGAAAAGGACUCUGCUUCUUUUAGAGUGUGUGUAACAGAACUGAUAAGCUAUUCCUGUGAUGUGAUCAAAUGUGACUGAAUACUGCAGGCUCUUGGACUCUUAUUCUGUAAAAUCCUCAUCAGAGCAGCUCAGGAAAAGAUCGGAGGGAACWGCUUCUGCUGUACUGAGAAGAUGCUGGAGAGUUCUUCAAGCCUUUUGUUCAUUGUAUUCAUUGUGCUCUUCCUUGUGCUCCUCUUUGCUGUGCUCAUCAAGAGAAACGGCACCGCUGCCCUUCUCUGGAAUGAAAUAAUCCGGGAGAAUAUAAUCAACUUCGUCAUGAAUCAAAGCAAAGAACAGAGGAUUUUAAAUUUUGUGCUGCAGAAUGCAGUCAGAGGGGACCCCUCUAGUGUUGUGGAUACUAUAGAUAAGUACUGCUCGGAGAAAGAGUGGGCCAUGAACGUGGGCAAUGAAAAAGGUAAGAUUUUAGACAAGACGGUGGAGGAAGUCAGCCCUUCAGUUGUUCUGGAGCUGGGAACGUACUGYGGCUACUCGGCAGUGAGGAUUGCUCGGCUGUUGAAGCCUGGUGCUCAUCUCCUCACUGUGGAGUUCAACCCAAAAUUUGCUGCUAUCGCUAAACAGAUGAUCGAAUUUGCUGGAGUACAAGAUAAGGUAAACAUCCUUGAAGGCCCUUCAGAGGAAAUUAUCCCUCAGCUGAAGAAAAAACAUGAAGUAAAUACUCUGGAUUUUGUCUUUCUUGACCACUGGAAAGACAGAUACGCACCAGAUACCAUCCUGCUUCAGGAGUGCAACUUGCUGAGGAAGGGCACAGUUCUUCUGGCUGACAAUGUAAUCUUCCCAGGAGCUCCAGAAUUCCUUAAAUAUGUCCGCAACAAUCCCCAUUUCCAAUGCACUAACUACCCAUCUCAUCUGGAAUAUAUGGCAGUGCAGGAUGCUAUGGAAAAGGCUGUGUUUUUGGGAUGAUGAAAGCCAUUAAUACUCGGCUACUGUUUCAAAAUAUGUAAAUGCAACUGCAGAGAUUAACUUGUUUAUGCUUUAAAUUUUGCACUUGUCUGUGCUUUCAAUUUUGCUUUUUGUAUUUUGAAGCCUUUAAUUGAGGCAAAUUGUAGUGGAGGUCAUUCUAGGCCAGGUGGAAAUCAUGAUCUGGAGUGUGUAAGUAGAGUAACUGCUCAAAGAUUUGUUUCUGUUGUUUAACAUAGCUCUGCAAACCUUGGUGAUGAACGUCAUUGACUAAUACAUCACUGAACAGUCUGUUAUGUUGAGCUCCAACCCAAGCAACCACAGGUUGGGAUGGGUAUGGGCUAGAGAAAAAUCACUGUAAACUUCCAUAAACUUGAUUCCCAAAGCUAAACUUACUAAUAAUUACCAAGAUUUAAAAAGCAUGCAUGGUGGAAGAAACGAGCAUCUCAGACACUGAUUUUGCUAAAUUAUCAGCAUGCCACUUCAUGCUGCGAAGGCUCCUAUAGUGAUAUCAGAUACAUUUUUU